GUGCAUAGGGCCAGUUCGGACUGAGCGGUCCGGACUGGGAGCUGGGCUGAUCGUGUAAGAACUCGCUGAACACCACGACAAGGAACCGGCACGCCCCCUGCCCGAACUCCGCCAAGUACGUACAACGGCUCAAGGAGCUGCCUAAUUCUUCUUUGGUCACGCCGAUAAGGAAUCAAGUGAAGUGUGGCUGUCAUGAUGGAUGUCACAAGGAAGUGUACGGGGUAAUUUCAUCAAGCGGUACUGGAAAAAGACUCAGACGUAGCAGUUUCGUUGGGCGGGUUCGUGGGCGUAACGUAGUAAGCGUGCUGGUAUCGCUGCAUCUGUGUUCUCCAUUGUAGAAAGGUUGUGUUGGCGCGGCUGCCGGCAGGGGGCGCCUGCCUCUCUCUUCCCCGCCCGCGAAAAAUGCGGCGUUGCCAGGUUUAUUGCACCGCCGCGGCGAUAGUGCUGCUCGCCCUACCGUACGCCUCGGCAGAAGGGGCCAAUUUCUCCGUCUUCCCGUACAUCCAGUACCUCACACACCCGCCCGAGAUCACGCUGCGGCCGCGCGACCAGCAGGUGAAGGCGGGCGGGAUCGCCGCCUUCUACUGCGUGGCGCGCGGCGACCCUCCCCCGGCGCUGCAGUGGCGCAAGAACGGCAAGCGCGUGUCGGGCACGCAGUCGCGCUACCUGGUGCACGAGUUCGCGCCCGGCGGCGCCCUGCUGCGCAUCGACCCGGUGCGCGCCGGCCGCGACAACGCCACGUACGAGUGCGUGGCGGAGAACGGCGUGGGCGACGCCGUCAGCGCCGAGGCCAACCUGCGGGUCUACGAAGCGGACAAGCUGCCGGCCGGCUUCCCGCACAUCACGCAGGCGCCCAGCACCAAGGUGGUGGAGAUCGGCCACAACGCCGUGCUGCUGUGCACCGCCGUGGGCAGCCCCAAGCCGCGCGUCGCCUGGGUGCGCGACAUGCUGCCCGUGGACGCGGCCGACAGCCACCGCUACCACGUCAUGGACUCUGGAGCCCUGCAGAUCACGAGCAGCGAGGAGGAGGACAACGGGAAGUACGAGUGCGUCGCGGAGAACAGCGUGGGGACCGAGUACUCCCAGUCCAUGAUGCUGUACGUCAAAGUGCGCAGGGUGCCGCCGCAGUUCUCCAUCCCGCCGCCGCCGGUGCACGAGGUGAUGCUCAACUCGGCCCUGAACCUCACCUGCGUCGCCGUGGGCUCGCCCAUGCCCUUCGUGAAGUGGCGCAAGGGCCCCGCCACCGACAUCACGCCCGAGGACAAGCUGCCCAUCGGCCGCAACGUGCUGGAGCUGACCGACAUCCGCGAGUCGGCCAACUACACCUGCGUGGCCGCCAGCGCGCUGGGCGUCAUCGAGGCCACCACGCAGGUCAAAGUGCAGUCGCUGCCCGGCCCGCCCACGGACGUGCAGGUGUCGGACAUCACGGCGACGACCGUGCGUCUCACCUGGUCCUACACGGGCGCCGAGGGCCUGCAGUACUACGUGAUCCAGUACAAGCCCAAGUACGCCAACCAGGCGUACAGCGAGAUCUCGGGCAUCAUCUCCAUGUACUACACGGUGCGCGGCCUCAGCCCCUACACCGAGUACGAGAUGUUCGUGAUUGCCGUCAACAACAUCGGCCGGGGCCCGCCCAGUUCGCCCGUCAUUGUCACCACGGGAGAGACAGAGCCCGGCACGGCGCCGAGGAACGUGCAGGUCCGACCGCUCAGCUCCAGCACCAUGGUGAUCCAGUGGGAGGAGCCGGAGACCCCCAACGGCCAGGUCACGGGCUACAAGGUGUACUACACCACGAGCCCCACGCUGCCCAUGGCGUCGUGGGAGUCGCAGAUGGUGGACAACAACCAGCUCACGACCAUCAGCGAGCUCACGCCGCUCACCAUCUACACCAUACGUGUCCAGGCGUUCACGAGCGUGGGGCCCGGCCCCCUCUCGGCGCCGGUCCUCGUGAAAACGCAGCAAGGAGUUCCUAGUCAGCCGAGCAACUUGCGAGCCAGCGAGGUUGGCGAGACGUCUGUGACCCUCACGUGGAGCCGCCCGUCCCACUCCGGAGAGAACAUAAUCAGCUACGAGCUGUACUGGAAUGACACCUACGCCAAGGAGAAGCAUCACCGUCGCAUCCCCAUCACUGAGAGCUACACCCUCACCGGCCUCUACCCAAACACCCUGUACUAUGUGUGGCUGGCGGCCCGCUCUCAGAGGGGUGAAGGCGCCACCACCCCGCCCAUCCCUAUUCGAACCAAGCAGUACGUUCCCGGGGCGCCCCCCCAGAAUGUGACGGGGGAGGCGGUGGGGCCGACUUCGAUCCGCGUGUCUUGGUCGCCGCCCCCCGCCGAGCGAAGCAACGGCCGCAUCGUUUACUACAAGCUCCAGGUGGCGGAGAGCGGACGCUCCGACUCUGAGGCCCUGCAAAUCACGCUCAACGGGACGUCUUUCGUGUUGGAUGAGCUGAAGAGGUGGACAGAGUAUCGCAUCUGGGUGCUGGCGGGUACUAGCGUGGGAGACGGGCCGUCCAGUUACCCCAUCGCCGUCCGUACGCACGAGGAUGUGCCGGGCGACCCGCAGGACGUGCAAGUGGCGGUCGUGAACUCGACCACGGUCCACGUGCAGUGGAAGCCUCCGCUCGAGAAGGACCGCAACGGCAUCAUCCGCGGCUACCACGUCCACGUCCAGGAGACGCGGGACGAGGGGAAAGGCCUGCUCAACGACCCGAUGCGCUUCGACGUGCUGGACGGCACGGCGCAGGAGCUGGUGGUGUCGGGACUGCAGCCGGACACCAAGUACUCCGUGCAGGUGGCCGCGCUCACCAGGAAGGGCGACGGCGACCGCAGCCCUCCCGUCAGCGUCAGCACGCCCGGAGGAGUCCCCAACCGGCCCAGCGUCAACCUCAAGGUCAUGGAGCGGGAGCCCACGGUGACCAUAGAGCUGGAGUGGAGCCGCCCCUCGCAGACGUACGGCGAGCUGCUGGGCUACCGGCUGCGCUACGGGGUCAAGGACCAGCCCCUGAAGGAGGAGAUGCUGAAAGGGACCACCACCUCGCACUACAAGAUCAACGACCUGGAGCGCGGGGUGGAGUACGAGUUCCGGGUGGCGGGCCAGAACCACAUCGGCUUCGGCCAGGAGACCAUCAAGUACCUGCUGACCCCGGAGGGGCCCCCCAGCGGGCCACCCACCAACAUCUCCCACCGCUUCCAGACCCCGGACGUGGUGUGCGUAACGUGGGCGCCGCCCCUCCGCGAGCACCGCAACGGCCAGGUCACGCGCUACGACCUGCAGUUCCACAAGAAGGUGGACCGCACCACCAUCGUCGACAGGAACACCACCGCGACCAAGGCCGUGUUCACGAACCUGGAGGAGAACACGGACUACGUGUUCCACGUGCGCGCGCACACGAGCCAGGGCGGCGGGCCGUUCAGCGAGCACAUCACGGUCCACACGGAGCGGGACAUCGUGCGGGCGCCCAUGAGCGUGCAGGCGGUGGCGACGUCCGACCAGAGCGUGGAGGUGUGGUGGGAGCCGGUCCCCAGCCGGGGGAAGGUCAUCGGCUACCAGAUAUUCUACACGAUGACGGCGGUGGAGGACCUGGACGCCUGGCAGCAGAAGUCGGUGGGGCUGACGGAGUCCGCCGACCUCUUGAACCUGGAGAAGUACGCCCAGUACGCGAUAGCCGUGGCCGCCCGCACCAGGACGGGGCUGGGGCGCCUCUCCGAGAAGGUCACCGUCAAGGUCAAGCCGGAGGACGUGCCCCUGAACCUCCGCGCGCACGACAUCAGCACGCACAGCAUGACGCUGUCGUGGUCGCCGCCCAUCAGGCUCAACCCCAUCAACUACAAGAUCUCGUACAGUGCAGUGAAAGAGUUUGUGGAUUCGCAAGGCAUCACGCAGACUCAAAUAAUCCCUCGCCGCACAAUACUCCUGGAGCCCCACGUAAGGACUUACAUGAUCAACGAACUCUCCCCUUUCACAACGUACAGCGUGAACGUGAGCGCGAUCCCCUCCGACCACCAGUACCGGCCGCCCGCCAAGAUCAUCCCCACCACUCAGAUGGCGGCACCUCAACCAAUGGUGAAGCCCGAUUUCUACGGUGUGGUAAACGGCGAAGAGAUUCAAGUCAUUUUACCGCAAGCGUCGGAGGAAUACGGCCCAAUCAGCCACUACUUCCUCAUCGUUGUGCCUGAGGAUAAACACACGACACACAUGAAUCCUGACCAGUUUCUGACUGAGGAGCUGAUGGCAAACAAGGCAACGAAGCAAGAAAGAGAGAAUGUGCCCUACAUUGCAGCCAAGUUUCCCCAGAGAAAUAUCCCGUACACUUUCUACCUGGGAAACGGUGAAACGUACGAAGGUUUCGUGAACCGCAAACUGGAGCCGGGGAAGCGGUACCGUAUUUUCGUGAGAGCUGUCGUGGACACUCCGAUGAAAGUGAGGGGUCACCUGUACACGUCGAGCCCGUUCUCGGAGUUCCUGUCGCUGGACAUGCGGGAGGUGCCUCCCGGGGACCCGCCCCGCCGCCCCAACCCCAACGUGCCGGCGGAGAACUCGGACGUGUCGGUGAACCGCAGCACGGAGGAGGCCGGCAUGGUGUGGGUCAUCGGGCCCAUCAUAGCUGCGCUGCUGCUCUCCAUGUUCCUCGUCAUGCUCUUCAUCAUCAAGAAGAGACGGCAGCCGUGCAAGGCGCCCGACCAGGCGGCCGUCACACGGCCCCUGAUGGCCGCCGACAUCGGAGCGAGCCACGCGCCAACGGAUCCCGUCGAGAUGCGGCGCCUCAACUUCCAGACCCCCGGCAUGAUCUCCCACCCGCCCAUACCCAUCUCGGAGCUGGCCAAUCACAUAGAGCGCCUCAAAGCCAACGACAACCUCAAGUUCUCGCAGGAAUAUGAGUCCAUCGAACCAGGCCAGCAGUUCACGUGGGACUACUCUAACAUGGAAGUGAACAAGCCGAAGAAUCGCUACGCAAACGUGAUAGCGUACGACCAUUCAAGAGUGAUUCUUCAGACCGUCGAUGGGAUGCCAGGCAGCGACUACAUCAAUGCAAACUACUGCGACGGCUACCGAAAGCACAACGCUUACGUUGCCACGCAAGGGCCGCUGCAGGAGACGACGGCCGACUUCUGGCGCAUGUGCUGGGAGCUGCGGGCCGCCACCGUGGUGAUGAUGACCAAGCUGGAGGAGCGCGCCCGCGUCAAGUGCGACCAGUACUGGCCGAGCCGCGGCACCGACACCUACGGGGCCAUGACCGUCACCGUCUCGGACGUGCAGGAGCUGGCCACCUACUGCAUCCGCACCUUCCAGCUGCACAAGGCGGGCCACCCGGAGCGCCGGGAGAUCAAGCAGUUCCAGUUCACGGCGUGGCCGGACCACGGAGUCCCGGACCACCCGGCCCCCUUCCUGCAGUUCCUGCGCAGGGUCCGCUGCAUGAACCCCCCCGACGCCGGCCCCAUGGUCGUCCACUGCAGUGCUGGUGUUGGCAGGACUGGAUGUUUUAUAGUGAUUGAUUCUAUGCUGGAACGCCUAAAACAUGAAAAAAUGCUGGAUAUUUAUGGACAUGUUACUUGUCUGAGGGCCCAACGUAAUUACAUGGUGCAGACUGAAGACCAGUACAUUUUCAUCCAUGAUGCAUUGCUCGAGGCUGUCAUUUGUGGCAACACCGAAGUUGCGGCCCGCAGUUUGCACUCUCACAUACAGAAACUGAUGCAGCCUGACGUCGGCGAAAAUAUCUCGGGAAUGGAGCUCGAGUUUAAGAAACUGUCGAACAUCAAGGCGGACUCGUCGCGCUUCAUCAGCGCCAACCUGCCGUGCAACAAGCACAAGAACCGCCUGGUGCACAUCCUGCCGUUCGAGUCGACGCGCGUGUGCCUCGCGCCCAUCAGAGGCGUCGAGGGCUCCGACUACAUCAACGCCAGCUUCAUCGACGGCUACCGGUACCGCUCGGCGUACAUCGCCACCCAGGGCCCGCUCCCCGACACGACGGAGGACCUCUGGCGCAUGCUGUGGGAGCACAACUCCACCAUCGUCGUCAUGCUGACCAAGCUCAAGGAGAUGGGCCGGGAGAAAUGCCACCAGUACUGGCCUAGCGACAGAUCCGUGCGUUACCAGUUCUUCGUGGUGGACCCCAUAGCGGAGUACAACAUGCCGCAGUACAUCCUGCGCGAGUUCAAGGUCACGGACGCGCGGGACGGCAGCUCUCGUACCGUGCGCCAGUUCCAGUUCAUCGACUGGCCCGAGCAAGGGGUGCCCAAGUCGGGAGACGGCUUCAUCGACUUCAUCGGCCAGGUCCACAAGACCAAGGAACAGUUCGGACAGGACGGGCCGAUCACGGUCCACUGCAGUGCCGGUGUUGGUCGCACUGGAGUGUUCAUCACCCUCAGCAUUGUGUUGGAGCGCAUGCAGUACGAAGGUGUGGUCGACGUGUUCCAGACGGUUCGAAUCCUCCGUACCCAGCGGCCAGCCAUGGUGCAAACUGAGGACCAGUACCAGUUUUGCUACCGAGCGGCACUGGAGUAUCUCGGCUCCUUCGAUCACUACGCGAACUGACGUUAAAGCAGCGGCAGUCUCAUGUGUACCAUGUUUUGUGUAUGUCUGUCAUGCACAUCACGUAAGCAAAGUGGUUGUCCAGUAGCGAAGCAGUCCAAGGUGAAGUUACGUUUGUCGUCACACGCAAAGUAACGGAUUUCCGAUUGUUGCAGUUCUUGUUUGUGCUAGAAGUUUAACGGAACAACAAAAAAAAAAGUAUUUUAAGAACAUUUAAACAAAUAAUUCAAAUAUUUCAAAGGUCAAAUGUUGUUUUAUGGAAACCCGUUCCCACUCGAGAGACAAUAACUUGCCAUCUCAUCGUUACAAAUGCCAGUGUUUAUAAUUUCGUGUUUUAUAAUUUUUUUCCACAGUUUUUUAAAGAUGUCUUAAUGAACUUUGUACAUACCAGAACUUUCUGUUAAACGAAGUUUAGAAUUUGUGGUGCCAUUUUAUGUGUGAUGAUGUGAUUGUUUUCAUUUUAAUGUUUUAGUGAAUGAUAAAAGUUAGUUUUUGAGUGUGUGCUCUUCAGUUGUACGAAGACACAAAUUUAAAUGAAUUGUAAUUUUUAGUCUCGCUCCAACCUAAACUUCCAGUCGGCAUAGUUGGAAAUCAUGUGUGCAUCAUAUUUUUUUCCAAGGUGCCUACUUAAGAAAAGUUAUGGAACAGUUGAAAUUAUUGGCAUAAAACUUGUGAUUGAGCUAGUUACAAUUGCAGAACGGGGUAACGCACAUGCAAUCAGUGUGGAUAUUAUUUACAGUGUUCCGAUUAUAUGUCCCCUGCUAAGUUUUUUAUGUUACAAUGGAGUUCAUUUGGAUGGUGCUUUGACGAGUGCUGACAAAGUGUUUUGUCAAUACAACUGAAAGUACUGAAACAGCAACUUAACCAAAUUUUUAUUAUUUUUUUCCCCAAGUUUUAUCAAUUGUAUAGAGGAAGAAUAGAAGUAAAUUUGUUUUAAGCAGUGGCAUUGAAAUGGUGACUUGGGAGCUAAACAACAAAUCUUGCAAAGGGUAGUAAUAAAAAGAAUAGGUGCAUCACUGCAGAACAUAUUAGAAGGGCAUGUAGUAUUUUCCGCGAAAAGAUUUCGAGACUAGUUGAGAGUUAACACUAGCGUCAUAUGUGUUUCCUGGUUUCUUUCAGGUACAUGUCUACUGUCAACACACUAAUCAUAGCCAUCCAAAGCGAAAGCAAACAUGUCCUUCCUGAAUGGCUCGUUUCAAAUAAGGCCAUGGCUCUCUUGCAGACGGUCGCCAAUUACAGGCAGAAACCACUGGCAUGGGCAUACAAUGUUGCAGUCUAAUAACCAUUCAGAUUUUUCCGUGAAAAAUGCCUGCCCCUACAUAUUAUAUGUUAUAUGAUGCAGACGUGGUUAAAAAUUUAUAAAAGUGCUUAAAUGUUUUUUUGCAAGUGAUUUUUUCCGGGGGCCUUAAGAAGUAGGCGAUCGUGGGAAUCAGGGGUGGCAAGCCAGAAACCACCCAAGGCCACAUACCUAGUGGUUCCUGAUGCUGGCUCCUUGUGUAGAAUGUUUCUCAUUACUAGAGAAAAGAUUUUGUGGUUUUAUUUUUGGUGCAAUUUCAUUUUUAGAACAGAGGAUUUUGGUGUUAUUGUUUUCAUUCAUAUGAAAGCUGUUUUGCAAUACUUACUCCACCAAAAUGCUGCAUUUUUAAGGUGAAAUAAUUUUUUUAAUAUCUAAUAGAAACUUACUUUAUCACAUUCCGUUAACACACCGUAAAAAUAGCAAAAACACGCAGAAACAACAACAGACACAGACCAGAAACGAAAAAUCAAAAAGGUGUAUCGAUUUGAUUCAUCGAUUGAUUCGGUGAAAGAGAGACAUCUAGUGAGUGUUCAAAAAACAGGAAAAAAGGAUCAGAGAUAGCAUUAGAAGUAAUACUAGGCAGGCAGAUGAAAUACUUCCCCAUUUUUCCCCGUUACCGAAAUGUUUUUCCCCAAGGAAUUCCCCCCAAAAAAUAAUUUUCCCCAAUAUGAGAGAAAAAAAACACAAUCUGGCGACACUGGGUGCGAGUUGAAUUUUGAAGUUAUUUUACACUAAAAGCAUGUCAUAGAUUGAGCUACCAUAAUGAAAAUUGGUUGCAAUAUUGGAAGAGUCUAUCCAUAUAACCCAGCAAAUACAUUUGUUUUGGUACUUUCCUGCAUCGUUUUGCAUUAUAACGUGACACUGAGAAAUAGCAUUUUGUCAUAAAGUAGCCAUUUUAGGCUUUUAUGCCUGACAGUUUAAUAACCAAGUACCCACAUCAGUAAAAGCAACAUAACUUAAUAACUUACUGUUGUGGCUGAGUUCACAUAUACAAGUUUUUAUUAAUGAACUCUUGAUAUCCAUGAAUAAGCAUGGUAAUAACUUUCCGUUUCUUAACUGUAAGUUAUUAAGGUUUGUGUCUCAUGUAUGCAGUAGACUUCUAGUAGUCCGUCAUCCAACAGUCUGGGAUCUUGACGGUCCAGUCCCAGCAAGGAAUGUACGGAGUUUAAGACAACCAAGCAGACCUAAGCUUAAAACCUGUAAUUUAUAACUGAGGGCAGAAACACUCUUGCAGUGGGCACAUUAAGUGGUAGUCGGAAGUUCUCUGCGCAGCCUGGGAUUUGUCGGGAGAGUUUGGCACGGUUCAGGAUCGCUCAGAAGCAAUGGGCACGCUUCAUUUUUCUUCAGCAGGACUCCGACAUUCAUCAACAGCAAAUUUAGUUCGGUCCUGUAUUGGUUCCUGCUGAACAAUAUUUGCUGCCAAAACACCAUCUUGCAGAUUUAUUUGUUCUAUAACUUAGGUUUAGCGAUCGCAGAACAGAAAGCCUGAUAAUCUUGGCACCUGCAAAGUCGUAAACGUGCUAGAUUAUCGGAAGUCUGCUUCAUGGUGCUCGUGCAGUUUCAUUUUCGGAUUUGAAAUUUGUUCACUGUGAACUAUUUGACUUAGAGAACUACUUAGAUUUCAAAUUUGUUAAUCGUAACAAAAGUAUUAAAUAUUAGAUUAAAACAGAAAAUAGUGUUUUUUUUUUGUAUUUAUUUUUCUUCUGGCAUUUUUCAAACAUAUUCAUAUUUACAUUUAAAAUAUAUGUUAGAUAUUCUGGCGAGAAAUAAAAAGUUAAAACUUUAAUAAAUAUAGUAUGUUUACGUACCUAACUACAAUGCUGAAAUACCAUACUUUAAGUUGUUUGAUCACAUAGCUACCUAUAUGUAAAAACUUACUGUAAAUUUUUUUUUUUAUAUAUACAAUUUUGAGGUGAAAUGAUUCUAGCUAAUCUAACCGCUAUUUUGGACUUCCUGCAAAAGGCAUAUUAAUAAAAAUGGUUCUGUGUCUUUUCAAAUUCAUAACACUGGUCAUUAAAUAUAUAUUUUCAAAGCUGAAACUAGAGUUUUUUGUGAAAUGUAGGCUAUAGCAUAAAUACCAGCUCUUCAUAUAUUUGGAUAUAACGUUUUGUUGGAUGAGUUCCACUCUCGAGGCAUACAAUCAUGCUUUCAAUGCCACUGUAACAUGCCAUAAUUAGCAGGCAUGUACGAACAAAUGUAUUUUUAAGUAUGUAUUAUAUUAAUUUGUAUUUUAAUUUUCAUACACUUUCAGAUUAUUUUUAUAGAGUUUUUAGUUGUGUGAAUUUAUAUGAAUUUUUAUUGCUUUUUUUAUUAUUAUUGUAUAACAUAUCGGAGUUUUAUCCACACCUACAAAGACUUUAAAAAGAAUUUAAAAUGUGUGAAAACCUUCUGUAGCUAUUGAAAAUGUAAUAAAUGAUGUAUGAUUUUUCUUA